AUGUCAGAAUGGAGCUGUCUGGGCAGAACAGAAGAGAACUGGAAGUCAGGUGCAAGAAAGCAAAUGCAUCCCCAUCGGAGGUCUUGGAAGGGGGGUCUGCCCCCCUUUUCAGUGUCUGCAUGCCUGGUGAUGUCUAGAGAUCCUCUGGGCUCCAGCAAGGGACCCAGAACCCUGUCCCUCUCGGUCCAUUUCUUGCAGCAAAGUUUAGGAAGGUUUCUGAAGCUUCAAUCUCUGACCUUGAAAAUCGGGCACAAACUGGCUGCCUUCUUAAGGCUCCCCGCAAUAUGCCUGUCACUCAACUUACUUUUAAAGUUCUUACUAAGCCAACUAGGCACCGUGGGAAGCAAAGGAGUAAAUGGCAUAGUUGUAGCUUUCAAGCGCCUGCAAUCUUUCCUGGAAGGAACCUUCUGUGGGCCCAGCCCAGGGAUCCUGUUUUAG